AUGACAGAACCAUCUCCCAACGAAGCAGCUGCGCAAAACCCCGACAUCGACCCUGCGAUCACAAAUGGCCUGGCGCAACAAGCAUCCACAGAGCAACCCGCAGAUGUAGAGAUGACAGAUUCUGGAGCAGUAGCAGCAGUCAGUCUCUACCCUUGUUCGCUCAAGCACAACAACCACAAACACUGUACUAACGCCUCCAAGCCACCCGCUCAAGACACCCAAUCCCAAGCUCAAGCCGACCUCCAACCAACCGUCCAAACAGUCCCGCCAACACCUUCAACCACUACGCCCGCACCCCCAUCUGCUCCUUCCCUCCCCACAGCGCCCGCGCCCACACCCACACCUGCAGCAUCGUCGCGCAACUCACCUCAUCCGACUGCUCAAGCGCCGACUCAACCCAUUCCACACGGUAGCCCGACAAGAGUGUAUCUCAAUCAGCAUGUGACGCCGCAUUUGCUAGAAGCUAUGAAGCAUCUUGCUACGACGGAGCCAGAGAAGCCAUUGAAGUGGCUGAGUGAGUUUUUGGCGCAAAAGAGUAGGGAGAUUGAGGGGCCUUGA